AUCUGCGGAAUGUCAGUCAAUUCGCAACACCCAUUGAAGAUUCAAACGAUCAUAGAGUUCAAGACCUCAGUCUAUCCCAACAGUUCAAAAUGAUAAAGAUCAUCUGCCUGUUAGUAGCUGUCGCAGUUGUCGCCGGCAGCGAGAGUUCAACGAAAACCGGUCCAUCCUCCACUGCCCUGCCACUUCCACAGCUCAUCCACAAAAUCAGCAAUGCCCCCGAAGAGCCAGUGACGGAAGCACAAGAUCAACAAACUACGACCUUCACCCCAGAGGGAGGCUCGUCCGAUGAUAUGGCGAAAGCUGAAACGUUCGGGUUUGGUUUCCACAAGCACAUAUACGUUGCUCCGCAGUAUUACGGUGGAUAUUAUGGAGGAUAUUCUGGAGGGUACUAUCCAUAUGGCCAGUACUACCCUAGCUACGGUUAUGGCUAUCCGUAUUACUACUGAUCUGAGAAUAUAAAAGCAAAUAUGAAAAAA